AACAAAGCUCAGGAUAAAUGAAUAGAAGCCAUUAAUUUGUGUAGAAUGAUGUGGACAAGCGUCAACUGCCUCUGGCGUAGUGUAGGGCGCCAGGCACCACGACUCCUGUACCGUAACGUACGCACAUCCGUGAUUUUGCCGGCGAAAAUCUUCGCAGACAAGGAGAAUCAGUUCGCCCACAGUAUUCUGGCAGAGUCUCUGAAACCCUAUCAUAUCCUAAGGCCCACCGACAUCCCCUUGGAGGAGGCCACCACGGAUGGCUAUCUGGAGCCGAACAGGAACCUCAGUCCCGACGCUCUGCACGCGAACUUCCUGGCCCUCGUCCAGCAUUGUGCGGGGACGGACACGCAGAUCAGUGAACCACAGUUCGAUGCGUUCGCCCGCGUAUACUGCGAGCAGAUGCACCAUCUGUCCGACGACCAGCUGCUGGGCACACUGCGGGCCUUGGGCCAGCUGCCGACACCUGAAUCGACCAAGACAAGAAACUACAUGGAGUUGUGGAACACACUGGAUAUCGAGUGCUGUCGAAGGAUCGAGCGUUGGCCCACCGGGCAGCUGCUGCUGGUGAGUGAUGCCUGGUACCAGCUUGGUCUGGCCAGGAUCGGGGAGUACGUGUGGCUGGCCCUCAAGAAACUGGGCCGCAAGGUGCGAAAGCUGCCGCCGGAGCAGCUGGUUCAGUCCAUGUUCCUCUGCAAUCUGCUGCGGCGCCCCGUCUUCGAGAUGUUCGACUUUGAGAUGAAUCUGGCCCGCUGUAUCGAUCAGAUGACGCUCCAGGAGCUGGGCGUCAUGGCCAUGGGCUUCUUUAAGACCCAGACGCAGAUUCGAAAUCCCGAGCUGAUCGACCAGCUCUUCGCUAGACUAACCAGAGAGCUGGACACCGUGGAGGACAUCACCCUGGUGUCCCUGUUAAAAGUUCUGCGCUACAGCAGCAAGCUGCCGCAGGUGGAGCCGCUGAUCCGGCUGCUUCGCGCCCUGGAGCCGCAGGUGGAGCGCGUCUCUCUGCUGGCAUGCCUCCACAUGGCUCUGCUCGGCUGCGAGCUGCAGACCUGCGAUGACCGGCUCAUCGAACGCAUCCUCCAGCGUUUCGAGAAGGAGCUGGACCAGGCCCGCCUGAAGGACAUGGAGCGCAUAGGUCUGGUCAUGGCCCUGUUCAACGUGGAGAGUGAGUCCGGUGUGGAGAGGCGCCUGGCCGAGCGGCUGCCCGAUCUGAUGCGCCAACGCCUGGACGAGAUCAUGCGGUACCCACGCUGCUUCAGCAACUGCCUCCAGUUCCUCACCAUGCGGGGUGUCUACGAUGUGGAGCUGCUCGGAGUGGCCCUCGAGCCACGCUUUCUUCAACAUGCCUACCGCGGCGCCCUGCCCGGUCGGGAGUACUUCCACCUCGAUGGAUGUGCCCGCCUGCUGGGCGGAGAUGUGUACAAGGGCUCCCUACUCACCGAAAAGCAGCUCCAACAGAUGGGAAAGCUCUACACGCAGUACAUACCCGAUCGGGAGGGACGCUUUAAGCUGAACAAGACCGAUCGCAUUCUGGUGGACAUCCGGGACGCGGCUUCCGAUCUCUACCGGCACCUCAGCUUCAAGCACAUCCUGCCCCAGUACGAGCGCUGUGAUCUGGUCCUCUGCUAUGACCGCCGUCAGCAGCGGGCACUCCCCAUCGCUGCGGACUGUCCGCAGGACUACAGCGGUGUGAUCCUCACCAGGCGGCAUCUGCUCGGUGCUGACAGCUGGCACGAUGAGCAUCUGGCCACCGUGAUCGUGGUGGUGGCCGGCUGGAACAAUGUGAUACGGGACAAGGACCGGCAUACGGGACAGCUGGCAAUGAAGCUGAAACAGCUCAAGCAAUUGGGCCACCAGCCGGUGGUGAUCUAUUGGCACGAAUGGCGUGAACUGGAGACAUCCGCGGAUCGUCAGGACUUCCUCAAGCGUCGUCUACGCCAGGCGGCCAGAAUCUAAGACCAGGAGCAGAUUGGCAACCCAUACAGCAGAAAAUCAACAUCGAUUGCAACAGCAUGGAUAUAUAGUCAGUCAUAUGAUAUCUGAAUAAUGUACACAGACAGGCCACUAAUAUCUAAAAAUUAUCUAACUAAACGAAACAAAAAAAUA